AUGGGAGGAAAUCCACGGGAGGCUGGAAAAUUCACAUUGAGUCUGCGCCUCUCAUUAUGGUCUGAACAUCUCGGUCUUCGUAAAGGAGAGAUAAAUCAAAUAAUCGAUCCCAUAAGUGAUUCAAGUUAUAAAGAUAAAUGGGAUGCGACUGCGAAGAUGAAUACAACAAUCUAUCAGGAUGUCUUUUCUUGUGUCCCAAAUCUUCUUUCUUUCCAGGCUUGCGCUCCGACAAAGUAUCACCUUUUGGAAGGAAAGACUUGGUCACACUGCAAUCGAUUUAGGAAUAGCCCCAGAGAAAUUAGAAUCAUACCACAACGGAAAUAUCAAACAAACGGGUCCGAUGGAUAGGUUGAAGUAAGUACGUGGACAUCUUGUUUCUUUCCCCUUGGAUUUCAUGUGGAAAGAAGAUUUAAGGCCUGUGUUUAAUGAGAGUGAAUAUUAUGCAUCUCCCCAAGUUUUUCAUUAAGUUGAGAGAAG